AUGAAAAUAUUUGCAAUUAUUUGCAUUUUUUUGCUCACUGAAAAAAUUACAAAGAGAAACUUUGAUGAGUAUAUCAAUAUGAAAUACUACAGGUGGUGUGAUGUUAUCACUAGUCCAGAGGUGAUGGCAGGUAAUGGUUUACUAGAGCAAUUGGUAUCGUACUUCAAAGUCAACCCUAUCGAAACAUUAGAUCAAUACAGACAGUUCAAAAGUCUGAGGAAUUCAAUCUAUUCAAAGCACAAUGGCUUGGAAAUACUCUGUUAUUUCAUUAGAGUUUUGAAAGUCGAUGAAUUAGUUCUAACUGGUAAAUUCACAUCACUACCUCUUGUAGAUAAAGGUAAAGAUAUCUAUUAUUUUGCAUCGAAAUUCGGAAGAUUAGAUAUUCUUAGAUAUCUAGAUGACCAAACAACUGAUAUCAUUCCAUACAAAUGGGAUAGACCUGCUGCUUUCAGAGUUGCACCACUCUCCAAUGAUAUUGAAGUGUUAAAGUAUAUUGCCAAUGUUAUAGACAAAGAACAACAACAACAAAAACAACAGCGACGACAACAACCAGAUAAACCCCAAAAUCAACUCUUAACCUAUUUCAAUGUGAAAGAUGAAAAUUCAGUGGUUUACAAUAAUGCUGCGACAAUGGGAAGAAUCGAUAUGAUCGAAUGGCUCGCUGAACAUCGACCAGAGUUUAGAUUGGGCAGUGAUAUGUAUAUGGCUGCCGUGUCGAAUGACAACCUAGAGCUACUGGAAUACCUGAAGAGUCAACAAGCUAAAUACUCUGUUAAAUCGAGUGAUCAACUCUUGCAGCUAGCUGCAAUCAAAGGUUGUUCUCAAGCAAUGAUGUGGCUCCUACAGAAUAACAUCGGCACCGUUACACCGACAGUGAUAUCGUAUGCAGCGGGUCGUACUUCAAACACCGAUCUCAUCAAAUGGUUCUACGAGAAUGGCUAUUCCAGACUAUUUCCACCGUACAUCUUGAACACCGCAGUGGAGAUCGGUAACCUCGAACUCUUGAGAUGGCUGAAUGAGUGCGUUGUACCAAUUCAUAAUAACUUGCCAGCGACGACCAGAGUCAACAAAAACAAAAUACUACCAUGUUCAAACAGUUCAUUUAUAAAAGCGGUGUUGGAAGGUCGAUUGGAAGUGGUUAGAUAUCUAACUGAUCAUUGUCAUGACAUGGUCAAACAGCAACAAACCUACUAUCGAUUACCUUAUAAUGGGAAUUUAGAGAUGAUACAAUGGAUCACUGAGAAUAGACCGAAUGAUAGAUUCUCAAACGACGUCAUAGAGGAAGCUGCAUCAAAAGGAUAUCUUGAUAUUUUAACAUGCUUUCAUAACACCAAUCGAUAUGAGGUUUGCACCUCUGAAACAAUCAAGAAUGCAUCGAUCAACGGGCACUUAGAUACCGUUAGAUACCUACUAGAAAACACAAACAACACUACUACUGAACCACUCAAACAGAUAAACCUUCAAUUGGUAACUAACGAAGCUAUCAAACAACUAUUGAUUAAUCAUCUUAAUACAAUACAACAACAACAAUAA